AUGAAAAUGGAAAAUGCCGAAGAAAUUUUCCACUUCCUGGAAGAAUUUUCGAAACGUAAGCCUAAAAUUAUUCCUCAAGAACUAAACGACUACUUGGCGUAUGUAGCCCGCACCGGUGAUCCUGUGUAUCAAUGGCCUUUGGUAAAAUGUUUAUUCAAGGAAAAGCUAUUGAAUGUGAUUACGGACUUUUAUGAAACCACGCCUGGCAUUGACAUUCCGCCAUAUCCAAAUGUAGACCCAUUCAAUUAUGAUAUAAUGAAAAAUAGUUUGUUAGAGCGUCUAGAUUCCUUCACAUCAGCACCGUUUACUGUUCAACGAAUAUGUGAACUGUUAACAUAUCCUCGUAAGCAGUAUAAUAGGGUGGAUAAAUUUAUGAGGGCUGUAGAGAAAAACAUUUUAGUUGUCAGCACUAGAGAACCAGGAAUCCAACGUCAUAUAGAACCUGAAAACGGAGAGGCGAUGGAACCUAUUGUUAAUGGGUCGGACAAUAAUUCGGAGUACAAUGUGGAUGUUGAGAUGGAAGAUAUGUCAUGGAAAGAAAACUCAGAAGCCCAAAAAAGUUCAGAACCUCAACCGAGUUCUUCUGAUACCCACAUUUCUGUUGAUGAUAUUGAAGCGAGAUUGAAAGCAAAACAAGAUGCUCCUAUGGAGGUUCAAGAUAAAGUGACCACACAAUAUGAAUCUGUAACCCCUCCCGAACUGAAUGUAACAACUGAUGAAUUGGAGAGAGAAACAAAAUCAUCAACUGAAACAGUCCAACAACCAACCACUUCUGUCAUGGAAGAACACAAACUAGAACCUGCAGAUACGUCAUCAGAAUUUGAAAAACCAAAAAUGGACGUAGAGAUGAAAACGGCAGAUGCUAGUGAAGAGCAAAAACUGAUUAUACCAGAAAUCAAAGUUGAUGAUGCUGAAAUGACUGAACAGAGAUUAUCUGAACAAGAAAAUUCUGUAAAAACGGAAGAACCCUCAGAAAAAGCAGAAUGCAAAUCUAUCAUAGAAUAUCAACAAACCAACAUUGAUGAAAGUAGUUCAGAUUCCAACUCUAAAGAAGAGUCGGAUAGUAAAGUUCCAUCUGAUGUACCAACUUCUAGUGAAGAAAGUUCAUCUUCCAGUGAUAAUACUGAUGGUAAUAGUAAUUCUCCAAAAGCAAUAGAAAGUCACUGUGAUGUGCCUGAGGAAUCGAGUCAGUCCGACUCCAACAUGGAGGAAGAAAAAGAUGUAAAGCAACAAGAGACUGCUGAGAAAAUCCCAGAGACUUGUAUCCAAGAAGGUUCACCGCCUACCAUUCAAAGUGACAACUACUCUAUAAGUGAUGUUCAGUCUGAGCUACCACAACCACCUGAUACUAUUCCAACUGAUGAAUUUUCAGCAGAAACAUCAAAAGAGAUCUCUUCUGAAUCAAGUACAAAUGAAGAAAAGAAAGAGGAAAAAGCCAUUGUAGAAGAUGUAAAAGUCACAGAUGAAGAAACUGAGAAUAAAAGCUCAUAA